GCGAUAUCUUCCCAGUGGCGUGGCAAGCUGAGGUAACUGAAGGGGAUCCCGGGGCGGGCGGAGUGACGGCUGAGCUUGUGCCUCCGCUUGUCAGGCAGGAGCCGAUCCGGAGCGAUGGAGUAUAUGACAGAACCGGCUGACCGCAGUCCGGGACACAUCUUGUGCUGUGAGUGUGGCAUUCCAAUUAGUCCAAAUCCUGCCAAUGUUUGUGUGGCCUGUUUACGAAGUAAAGUUGACAUCAGCCAAGGUGUUCCAAAGCAGGUCUCCAUUUCUUUCUGCAAACAGUGCCAAAGAUACUUUCAGCCGCCAGCAUCGUGGAUACAGUGUGCUCUAGAAUCCAGGGAGCUUCUUGCUUUGUGCUUGAAAAAAAUUAAAGCACCUCUAAGUAAGGUUCGCCUUGUCGAUGCAUGCUUUGUUUGGACUGAGCCCCAUUCCAAGAGGCUUAAAGUUAAAUUGACAAUUCAGAAAGAGGUGAUGAAUGGUGCUAUCCUUCAGCAAGUGUUUGUGGUGGACUAUGUUGUUCAGUCCCAAAUGUGUGGAGACUGCCAUAGAGUAGAAGCUAAGGAUUUCUGGAAGGCCGUGAUUCAAGUCAGGCAGAAGACUCUUCACAAGAAAACGUUCUACUAUCUGGAGCAGUUGAUUCUGAAAUACGGAAUGCAUCAGAAUACAUUGCGUAUCAAAGAGAUUCAUGAUGGUCUGGAUUUCUACUAUUCUUCAAAACAACAUGCUCAGAAGAUGGUGGAGUUUCUUCAGGGUGCGGUUCCCUGCAGAUACAAAGCAUCACAAAGAUUGAUCUCCCAAGAUAUCCAUAGUAACACAUACAAUUACAAGAGCACUUUUUCUGUUGAAAUUGUUCCAAUAUGCAAGGAUAAUGUUGUCUGCCUAUCACCAAAACUGGCGCAGAGUCUUGGAAAUAUGAGCCAGAUAUGUAUUUGUAUUCGAGUAACUAGUGCCAUCCAUCUCAUAGACCCGAACACCCUACAAGUUGCCGAUAUUGAUGGAAACACGUUCUGGAGCCACCCUUUCAAUAGUUUAUGCCACCCUAAACAGCUCGAAGAGUUCAUUGUGAUGGAAUGCAGCAUAGUCCGAGAUCUGAAACGAAGUGCCGGGGCUGGAGUCCUAUCAAAAAAACAUACCCUUGGGGAGGUCUGGAUCCAGAAGACAUCUGAAAUGGACACAGAUAAGCAGUAUUUUUGUCGGACUCACUUGGGACAUCUUUUAAAUCCUGGAGACCUGGUGCUGGGAUUUGAUUUGGCCAACUGUAACUUAAACGAUGAGCAUGUCAACAAAAUGAAGUCAGAUAGAGUUCCAGAUGUGGUGUUAAUUAAGAAGAGCUAUGACCGUACCAAACGCCAGCGCCGUAGAAACUGGAAGCUGAAAGAGCUUGCGAGGGACAGAGAAGACAUGGACACAGAUGAUGAAAGGCAAUAUCAAGAUUUCCUUGAAGAUCUUGAAGAAGAUGAGGCAAUUAGAAAAAAUGUCAACAUUUACAGAGACUCCACCAUCCCUGUGGAGAGUGACACGGAUGAUGAAGGAGCCCCUCGAAUUAGUCUGGCUGAGAUGAUUGAAGACCUUCAUAUUUCCCAAGAUGCCACUGGUGAAGAAGGUGCAUCAAUGAUGUCAUGAUGAGCUAUGGUAUAUGCUGUUUGCGUGUCUGUGACCUCAGAAGUCAGCACAUGCAUUCCUUUGUAUUUUGAGAGGAGAAUUUGGUCUUAAAGCUGAAUAUAUGACUAUUUUGAUUGUUCACUUACAGUAUUGAAAGGUUUCAUAGUUUGAUGGUUAGGAAAAGCGCUGAGAUGGAACGUAGUUGUUACUGAGGCAUCUAAUGCAGUUUUAUCUGAGAAGCCGUAGUAGUUUUGCUACUUUAGUGCUGGAUUCAAAGAUAAAGUUAGGAUCCUUUGGAUAUUAACCAAAUAUUAGAAUAUAAGCCAACCUCUUACAUUUGUUUUAUGUUAAUUGCUUUGGCCCACUUUAAAUCACUUUCAUAUCCUUGGGGUAGGGAAAUGAAAAUUCAGUUUAUCACAGGACAACUGGGAAGUUAAUCAUUUUAUUUCUACAUAGAAUUAGUAUCCUUACCCCUUUUCUCCCUUCCUGGGUUUAAACUCAAGGCUGUACUUAAAUAGUUGCUGUCCAGUCAUUAAGGUAUAACUUUAGCUUUAUAAAAAAAACUUAACUGAGGGUUAUUUUAAUUUUUAUUUCAGUAGACUAAAAUGUAUUUAAAUGUGUGUAGGUUUGUAUGGAGCACAGAUUAGUUUUACAGGUUAAAUAACAAUUUGAUUUGUAUUCUACUUUGGACAGCAGCUUAGGGUGAUAGCUUGCUUUUAUUAUAAAAAUGUCUGUCCCUUGUAUCAAGGAUAUAAUUUUCAAAUUCGGGGUUUCAAGUUGAGAAUAAAGACUAUUUUUUCUGUCCACUUCUGCCACUGAACAUAAUGCACCACCGUCAGCAAGAAUGAUUGUAGGUGAUGGAAGACUACUUCUUAGUCAAGUAGCUUGCUAAGGAAGAUGUUCUAUUAAACCAAGAGUAAUGCCUUCCAUAUCCCGAAAGAAGAGUGUUGGCUCGGGUUUAAGCAUUUUGAAAAUGAAUUUUUAUAACCUUGUUCCUACAAGAUUUGGUAAAUGCACCUCUCUGAAUGUUCUUUACUUAGUUCGUAUGUACCAUUAAGAAUGAACUGCUUUUUAAGACUCGACUCACUGGUUUUUGAAGUUAGGAGUAAAGGCCCAAACAUCCUCCAGUCCUUCAUUUCUGGAUGUGUAUUCAUCUAAAAAGCAUGUUCUGUCCUGGUGGUAGACUGAUGGGGACGGCAGUUUGAGCAUGACCAUAGCAAGUUCUCACUUGUUUUACCACUGGUUGGUUCAUCAAGAUUUUAAGGCAGUAUUCAUGCCCUUUUCUAAAGUGAAGUUGUUAUAUACUUAAUGUGAUUUUCCCACUUAAAAAAUUUGGUUUCCCUCUAACCUUAGUCUUUCUUGAAUAAAGGUAUCCAAGAGCUUGCCGAGUCAAGUAGCUUGCUAAAUCUACCAUUUCCGUGAGUCCCAUGGUACUCUGACUGUUCAGGUUGAUUAGCUUCCCAACCAAGAAGUUGUUUAUAGUCAGCUUUGUAAAUUCUGUGAUUAUCAUUGUAUAUAAUGGAACACACACUUGAAAGCUGCUCCUUUCUUGUCAGAAGUCUGAUGAGCAAGGAAGAAGAUGAGGGAGAGUUUGUUCUGCAAUUGAGAUGUUUAACAGUCAAGCUAAUACCUUGCCAGAGUCUGGGGACUCCAGGGCGUGCUUCCUUAGUUGGUGUGAGUCAAGGUCUUAAUUUUAAUAAAUGUAUUCAUGUUGACUUCUAUCCUUCGAUUGCUUGGUAUUCAGUUGUUGCUGCUUUUACCUAGCUUUUUAGUUCUGUUACUUCUAGCCCAAGGGAUAUUUUUAAAAAUAACAUUUACCCAUAAUUUCAGACUUACAGAAAGGUACGAAAAAAGUUUAGAGAUUUCAUGGUUAACCUUAACCCAGAUUUGGCAAGUCAAACAUUUAUCUUGCUGGCUUUCUCUCUUUCCUUUCCUUCUCACUAGUUUUUAAUUCUACCAUUUCAGAGAAUGGCUGGCCUUGGAGAGAGUGCUGGUUUAGCAUGGUCAAACCCUGGCUUGAAUGCCCAGGACCUCUACUCCUCUCUACCAUUACCCUCCGCCCCACCAAAAAAGAGAAGGGUGAUGCUUUUUUUAGCGUCCGGCAUGCCCAGCCAGCACUCAAGUGCUGUGUGUGUCCCAGGAUAGCUGUGUGGCCCAACAUUGUGUCAUGUGUUUAAAGGUUGGACAGCCCUGUCAGAGAUGAGGAUUUUUCAUUCUAAAAGCAAGAAAUUAUUUAAUAAUAAUUAGUGUGUCAUUCUUAAAUUAAUACAGUUCUAAACUUUUACCCAAUCGGUAGGAUGCUGAGGUCUUGCUAUUUGUCUCAGUAGAGUCCUUCGCAGAUGUGUCCAUGUAAGAGUUUGUGUUACAUUAGCAUCUCAUACCUCUCUGAGCUGGACCAGUCCUUAAGAGUAUGUUUUGUUUAAAGGAUACAAGACAGUUAUUUGUAGAAUAACUGCAGGUUGACUUUGUCUUUUUUUCCUGUGCCUACAUUUAGAUUAUGUCAUUUUGGGGGUUGCUCGAAAGGGAUGUCAAACCUGGUGCGUUAUCCUAGCAUGCAUAUGCUGCCCGUGAGUCCAGAUGCUCCCAAACCUGGUAUUGUUUUUUUGGCUUCCUGUUCUGAGAAUGAGCUCUCAUUCCAUAUAUUUCUUUAUUCCUUUUUAAUAUAUAUAUAUCUUUGUAGACUAUAUAUUUUUUUCUCCUCUUUGAAUCUAGUAUGAUUUAAUUGUGUACAAUCUACCAUCGAGCUGUAACCACAGGUUCCCAUUACUCCCAACUUACAGUUCUUUAUUAAGGUAAAAAUUUUACUUGUUCUUUAAAAGUUCAUUUUCUACAUGUAGACAGAAUCACUCUUUGAUGUGUAGUUCUGAAGUUUUAUAUAUGUAGAUUAUGUAAUCACAAUCAAAGUACAUACAAAGUCAGCACACACGCACACACACACACACGCAUGUACGCACGCGCUAAAAACCCCUCACUGUUUUUAAACUGUACCUGUAUUCCCUCGAUAAUAUCUAAUCUGA